CAGGAGCGGAGGAAGUCCCGGCCGGGCACUCGCCAGCCCCGAGGGGUCCCCGCAGCUCCCGCGGCUGCUCCGGGGGGGCCCCUCCGAGAUGUCCCCGGCCGGGGGUCCCCGCUGUGCCCCGGUGCUGCUGGCGCUGCUGCUGAGGCUGCCUGGGAGCCGAGGAUUCCCGGAAUGCCAGGAUCAAACCGUGUCCGUGGACGUGUCCACCGCGGGAUCGCUGUGUCUGACGCCGGAGAAACCCCGACAGGAGUGGAACGAGGUGGAGUGGAGAGUGAAGCCGGACUCAGGAACGCAGGAGCGCAUCCUGACCGAGCUCAGGGCCGGUUCUUCCUCGUAUCCCAAGGGUUCCUUCCACGGGAGAGCCAAUUUCCAGCGGGAGACCCUUUCCCUGUGCAUCUCCCCCGUGAGGAAGGAGGACAGUGGGGUCUACAGGGUCGAGAUUGUCCCUUCACCAUCGGGGAUUUCCUUCCGCUGCUUCCGAGUGUCCGUGUGGGACCCCGUCCGGCAGCCGCGGCUGGAGACCCAAAUCCUGCGGCAGGAUCAGGGCUGGUGCCUCGUGUCCCUGCUCUGCUCCAGCGCCGGGAACGUCUCCCACAGCUGGGCCUGUCCUGGGGAUCCCCCGGGAACGCCGGAGAGCGGAUCCCAGCUGGAAAAGGGAUCCCGGCUGGAGAAGGGAUCCAGGCCAGAGGACGGAUCCCGGCUGGAGAAGAGAUCUGGGCCAGAGAAGGGAUCGCGGCUGGAGAAGGGAUCCCAACCAGAGGAUGGAUCCCGGCUGGAGAAGGGAUCCCGUCUGGAGAACGGAUCCCGGCUGCUCCGGAACGUCAUCGAGGGCGCGGAACCCCAAAUCUGCCUCUGCAACGUCAGCAGCCCCGCGGGCUGGAGCGCGGCCAGCACGGAGCUCGCCUGUCCCCCCCCAGGGAAUUUCGGCGCGUGGGCAGCGGCGGCCGCGGGGCUGCUGCUGCUGCUCGUGGUCAGCGGCUGCUGCUGCUGCUGCUGGAGGAGGAAGCGGAGCCAGAAUUCCCGGCAAGCGACCCCCGGAACGCCCCCGGGACCCCCGGAGCAGCCGCUGACGAUCUACGCCGAGGUGGGAGUGAAGAAACCCGGCCAGGACCCCACCGGGACCAGCGAGGCCACCCAGGAAGGAGCCACCAUCUACGCCGUGGUCUCUCCCAGGACACUGGAGCGCCCCAGGUGCCCGGACGAGCCCGGGACUCGCACCGUUUACUCCACGGUCCAGUUCGGCCGCAGGCCUUCCUCCUGCAAGAAAAAGAGGCUGGACCGAGCUUUGGUCUCCACCGCCUACUUGGAGGAUAACGGGGGCUACAGGCGCUUGGGAUUCCCAACUCCCGCCGGCCACCAGCGCCCCUGAAACCCCGGAAUUCCCAUCCCUAUGGAAUUCUUCUCCUGGAAGCUCCAGCACCCACCCAGGGGUUUCUUUGGGAUAGAAACAUCCAGAAAUCCGGGAUUUUUUCCCCCGAGAUCCAGCCCCCAGCUGCGCCUCGGAGCAAAGACUUGGGGGUGGAAAACUCUCUGGAGCUGAUGGAUUUGGGAUUGGACAGGCGGCAUCGGCGGGGAGUGGGAAUUUUGUGGGGCUUUUAGGGUUCGGAAUGUUUGGGAAUUCGUUUUUUGGGGCGCAAAUACGGCUGAGCUGCGCAAUAAAUUGGUUUAAUUAGGGU